CAAGGAACGAUUUUUCCCGCUCCAAAUUUCAACCCUAUUAUGGAUGCCCAGUUGCUGGGAGGAGCCCUACAGGGAAUUAGUUGUGAAAAAGAUGUGGUGAUUGAUAUCCUCACACAGCGCUGCAAUUCACAGCGGCUUAUGAUCGCUGAGGCGUACAGAGACAUGUACGGCAGGGAUCUGAUUACAGACCUAAAAGAGAAUCUCUCUCAUCACUUCAAAGAAGUCAUGGUUGGCUUGAUGUAUCCACCUGCCUCCUAUGAUGCCCACGAGCUAUGGCAUGCCUUGAAGGGAGUAGACACAGAAGAAAACUGUCUAAUUGACAUAUUAGCCUCAAGAUCAAAUAUGGAGAUCUUCCAGAUGAAAGAAGCCUACUUAAUGCAAUAUAAUAAUGAUCUUCAACAAGAUAUCGAUUCUGAGACUUCAGGUCACUUCAGAGAUACGCUCAUGAACCUUGCUCAGGGAACAAGGAUGGAAGGAUAUGCAGAUCCUUCUACAGCUGCUCAGGAUGCAAUGAUUCUGUGGGAAGCAUGUCAGCAGAAAACAGGCGAACACAAAAACAUGCUGCAAAUGAUUCUGUGCAACAAGAGUUACCAGCAGUUGUGGAUGGUUUUCCAGGAGUUCCAAAAUAUUUCUGGCCAAGACAUAGUGGAUGCCAUUAAUGACUGUUACGAUGGAUACUUUCAAGAAUUACUGGUUGCAAUAGUUCUCUGUGUUCGUGACAAGCCUUCCUACUUUGCUUAUAGGCUUUAUAGUGCAAUCCAUAACUUCGGGUUUCACAAUAAAACAGUUAUAAGGAUUCUCAUUGCCAGGAGUGAGAUUGACUUGAUGAAUAUACGACGGCGAUACAAAGAGAGAUAUGGGAAAUCACUCUUUCAUGACAUUAAACAUUUUGCUUCAGGACAUUAUGAGAGUGCUUUACUUGCUAUCUGUGCUGGUGAUGCUGAAGAUUAUUAAGGAAGAAAAUUAACUUUGAAGGCUGCAUAAAUCCAUUUUAAAUAGAAAUUGAAGCUAUAUGUAAUACACUAAGACA